AUGCUUCGUCGUCCCUUCUUCCUCUUCGCGGCGUUUCAAAGUCUGUCUUUGACGGCUUCAAAGCGAGCAUUUUCUACCACACAGCCGGCACAGAAGAUUAAACCGCUACCGGACCAUAUACCUCCAUAUCCAUACAAACCCAAUUACACGUACCGACAAUCCAACACGGGUCUCUAUGGUGGCGCAACGAUUCAGUACGGAAACAAGAUUUCUCAGGGCCGAAACGAAGGCAAAACGCGACGAUUCUGGAAGCCCAACGUUAGGCGGAAGAAGCUGUAUAGCAAGGCGCUUGACGAACAUCUUUACGUCAAGGUCACACGGAAAGCCAUACGAACGAUUCAGAAGGCAGGAAGCCUUGACCAGUACGUGCUAGGGGAUAGUCCGGGGCGGGUCAAGGCGUUGGGCCUUUACGGAUGGAAACUCCGAUAUCGAGUGAUGCAGACCGAGCGAAUCCAAAAGAAGCUUAAUACGGAGAGAGAGCGCCUAGGACUGCCUGAGCGACCCUCAUUCAACGAGUGGCUGCAAACGAACCAGGCCGCAAUUAGGAAAUCUGCGGAAAAACAAAGCAACAUCCGGCAGAAGACGAAGCCAACCUACAACCCAAAGAACUACUAG